AGAAAAAUAGGACAUAGACGUGUGCAUGAAAAUGGAAGUGUCACCUACAAGAAGAGGCCGACAACAGAGCUGAUGACGGCAGUUCAGCUUGGCAUAGCACAAAGCAUUGGUAGUCUUUCAGCUAAACCUAGUCGAGAUAUUUUAUAUGAAGAUUUCCAUGUUGUUGUGACUGUGAAUUUUCCAAGGGAUGGAACAAACUUGACCCCAGCACAUCACUGCAGUGAUUUUCGAUUCAGAACCUACGCACCAGAUGUUUUUAGAUACUUCAGACAGAUAUUUAAAAUCAAACCAGCCGAUUUUUUAAUGUCACUAUGUAGUGAUCCUCUUCGAGAACUUCCAAACCCUGGAGCAUCAGGUAGCAUAUUCUACGUAACAGAAAGUGACGAAUUCAUCAUAAAAACAGUUCAACACAAGGAGGCAGAAUUUCUUCAGAAGUUACUGCCAGGCUAUUAUAUGAAUUUAAAUCAGAACCCAUGCACCUUGUUGCCAAAGUUUUAUGGUCUAUUUUGUUAUCAGUGUGGUGGGAAGAACAUAAGAUUCGUUGUGAUGAACAACAUCAUCUCCUCCGAUGUUUUCCUCAGUGAAAAGUUUGACCUGAAAGGAAGCACCUACAAGCGGAAAGCAUCCAAACACGAAAAGUCGAAACCGGUGCCUACUUUAAAAGAUCUCGAUUUCGUUGAUAUUUAUCCAGAGGGGUUGAUGCUCGAGGUUGAGACGUACGAUGCACUCGUUAAAACAUUGGACAGGGACUGCAGGGUUUUAGAGAGUUUCAAAAUUAUGGACUACAGCUUCCUAAUUGGAAUAUACAACAUUGAUAAUAAUGAAAAAGUUUACGAAUCAAAAGUGCCAAAACCAAGGAUAGGCCAGUACUCAACUCCAAUGGAGUCUAUACAGGCGGGCAGUCAAAACAUCACGUCAGUAUUCAAGAGUCAGAUCCCUGCGAAGAAUGGCAGAGGUGAAAGGUUAUUGCUGUACGUAGGCAUCAUUGAUAUACUUCAGAGUUACAGGUUGGCCAAAAAGUUGGAGCACGCAUUCAAGUCCCUCGUUCAAGAUGGCGAUACUGUAUCAGUGCACCACCCACAGUUCUACGCUCACAGAUUCAAAAAAUUUUUCAAUGAAGUUGUGUUUAAAAGUAUGUUCUUCUUUCUUUCUCUCUAUUUUGCCUAA